UGAGCGCCUCCGCCGCCCUGCCCCAGCCUCGUACACGCCGCCAGCCUCGCCCAGCCCGUGGGCUGUGUCCAUUUCUGGGCAAAGCCAGCGGGGCAGGCUUGGCCAGGGUGCACAACUCGGCGCCGUCCCAAGCCCGACGCUCUGUGCGCGCCCGGAACCCCAGGCUCGCGGCCCGGGUUUCCGACGGGCGGAGACGCUUAGCGGCCGGAUCCCACGGAAGCGCGUUCGGAGGGCCGGGACCUGGCCGGACCGGAGAUGGCGCCGCCAGCGGGCGGGGCGGCGGCGGCGGCCUCGGACUUGGGCUCGGCAGCAGUGCUCUUGACUGUGCACGCCGCGGUGAGGCUGCUGGGCGCCGGGCCAGACGCCGAGGCACAGCUGCGGAGGCUGCAGCUGAGCGCGGACCCUGAGCGGCCUGGGCGCUUCCGGCUGGAGCUGCUGGACGCGGGACCCGGGGCGGUCAAUUUGGAGUGGCCCCUGGAGUCAGUCUCCUACACCAUCCGAGGCCCCACCCAGCACGAGCUGCAGCCUCCGCCAGGAGGACCUGGAACCCUCAGCCUGCACUUCCUCAACCCUCAGGAAGCUCAGCGCUGGGCAGUCCUAGUCCGAGGUGCCACCGUGGAAGGACAGAAUGGCAGCAGCAGCAGCAGCAGCUCACCACCAGCCCUGGGCCCAGAAGCAAGCCCUGUCUCCCUGCCCAGUCCCCCGGAAGUCCCCACACCCGAGGCAGAUCUUCCUAGGAGCCCUGGAAACUUGAUGGAGAGAGGUACAGAAGAGCUGGCAGGGAAUCUGGCCCGGGCCAUUGCAGGUGGAGACGAGAAGGGGGCAGCCCAAGCGGCAGCCGUCCUGGCCCAGCAUCGCGUGGCCCUCAGUGUUCAGCUUCAGGAGGCUUGCUUCCCACCUGGCCCCAUCCGGCUGCAGGUCACACUUGAAGACGCUGCCUCUGCCGCAUCCACCGCAUCCUCUGCGCACGUUGCCCUGCAGGUCCACCCCCACUGCACCGUUGCAGCUCUCCAGGAGCAGGUGUUCUCAGAGCUCGGUUUCCCGCCAGCUGUGCAACGCUGGGUCAUCGGGCGGUGCCUGUGUGUGCCUGAGCGCAGCCUUGCCUCCUAUGGGGUCCGGCAGGAUGGGGACCCUGCUUUCCUCUACUUGUUGUCAGCUCCUCGAGAAGCCCCAGCCACAGGACCUAGCCCUCAGCGCCCCCAGAAGAUGGAUGGGGAACUUGGACGCUUGUUUCCCUCAUCACUGGGGCUACCCCCAGGACCCCAGCCAGCUGCCUCCAGCCUGCCCAGUCCUCUCCAGCCCCGCUGGCCCUGUCCUUCCUGCACCUUCAUCAAUGCCCCAAGCCGCCCUGGCUGUGAGAUGUGUAGCACCCAGAGGCCCUGCACUUGGGAUCCCCUUGCCGCAGCUUCUACCUAGCAGCCACCAGAGGUUACAAGCGGAGAGUGGCCCUUCCCUCACAGGUCUGACGUCUCUAGGCCCCCGCUGAACUCGGGACCUCUACUGACUGCUUGCUGGGACAGAGUCACCAGGGUUGGGGGAAGGGCCACAAACUGAAACCAUUAAAGACACUUAUGAGCCAGCAAGUGUCCCUU